AUGGCAAAAGAAUGUGUUAUUGUGUAUGAUCAAGGCCAGGCAAUUGAAAGUCCUACUUUAACUGGCCGAGUCAGGUUUGUUUCUGCUCCACUGAGUGCUGACAUCCUUCUCAACAUGACUCGCUUGUCUGAUGCUGGAAAAUAUCGAUGUGUAGUGAGCAACCCCCCUGAAUCAGGAUCUCCUGGAAUAGCAGAGCUGAGCCUUACUGUUCUUGCACCUCCCUCUUCUCCUCACUGUUUUGUGAGUGGUAAUAUGGAUGAAGGAGGAAGCAUUUCUCUGACCUGCUUUGUAGAGUAUGGAGUCCCAGUACCUGAUUUAAACUGGAGCAAAAUCAAACCUGACAAGAUCUCUCUUCCAGUCAACAUGGAAGAUUCUCUAAGGGGAACAGUGCAGAUCUUCAAUGUCUCCUCCCAGACAUCUGGACUCUAUCAGUGUACAGUUUCUAAUCGACUGGGUACAGAGAUCUGCUCAGUGGAGCUCAUCAUCCAUAGUACGCCACAUGGUACUUCUGGCAUUCUCCAGAGUAUUUUUGUAACACUCACGAUGGCUCUGAUCCUUCUAACACUACUAGCCUUGGUAUUGUGGCUUCAUCGAUCAGGCUAUGACAGAACAAACAGGAGUGGACAGAGAGAAGAGGAGGAACCAUGCUAUAAUGAGAUCAGAACAGACGCUUUAUCUCCUGCUUGCCACCCUUCAACAAAAAUUCCAUUUUCAAGCUCCUAAUCAGGCUAAAGAGAACAGCAUUUCUCUACCCUUGUGAUCCUUCCUGUGGUGUUCGUAAUCAUUAGAGCAUGACCUUGUUCUUUGUUGUGCAGAAUGAUGUUCCCAUUUCAUUAAUAAAUUCUGCCUUUUGAACAGUAAGUAUCCAUCCCAAGAAUUAAUGCAGUAUGUAAUGAACAUAUUUUUGCUGACCAUAAAUAUAAAACAAAUUACCCUGAGGGAUAAUAAAGCCUAGCUAACCUA